AUGAUCGAUUUACUAUAUUUAAUCACCUUGGUACCAACGGUAUUGUUGUCUACCCUUCGAACAGAUGACGAUGCAUUUGAUAUGAUUAAUUAUAAAUAUACAGUAGCAUUCUUAAUAUUAUGUUCGGUAAUAACAGCAACGAGACAAUUUGACGAUGAUAGAAUCGAAUGUUGGAAUAGAGCCAAUUUUAUUAAAUCUUAUAUCGAAUAUACAAAUCAAAUAUGUUAUGUUAGUUCAACAUAUUAUAUUGAACCAAAUAAAACAAUACCAAAAAAUAUUAUUGAAAGAUCAUUAUAG